AUGACGGUAUAACGCAACAGAAAAGGGAACCCAAGUCCAUCUCACGGAAGGAGUCAUAUCAAUUAAUCAAUUAAUUAUAAUAAUCACUUUUUAAACCAUCAAAAUUAAUCAGUAUUUUGAGUUUUGCAUCGUGAAGCGUUAGCCGCGAUCCUCGUUGUAUAUAUACCAACAUUCCCCAAUUUGUUUAAUCUUCUCUACAUUGUUCAUCAUUUGGCAUCUAAAUUUAUUCAAGAUUCAACAAACUUUCAAAUUGAAGUUUUCUUAAUCAUUAAACUUUUUCAUCCCAAACAGGAUGAAGGUAGGGUUUAAUGGAUUAAAGGGUAAAGAAAUUUCUCUUAUUUCCAUUGUUCUCAUGUGUGCAACUAUUAUUUUAUGGUCAUGGGAGAAAACACCCGGUCUUACUACCUAUAUUCCUCCCCAAACACCGCUGCAGUUUUCUUCAGAUAGCAGUUCUUCAGGGAAUGAACCAGAUACACUCAUACAUGUGGCAGAACACGACUCAUUGACGCCAAAUAAAAAGACCACUGAUGAGCUAGAAGAACAAGAUCUUGAUUUAGCAUCUCAGACAAUUUCUGCAGAUAGCAGUUCUUCGGUGAAUGCACCAGAUACACACAUACAUGUGGCGGAGCACGACUCAUUGAUGUCAAACAAAAAGACCACCGAUGAGCUAGAAAAACAAGAUCUUGAUUUAGCAUCUCAGACGAUUUCUGCACAUAGCUCUUCUGAAAAAAGUAUGGGUGAAAGUAAUACCAGAACUACUUCACAUACAGAACAAACCCUAUCACGUGUGUCCGGUGAAGAAACUAAACACGAAAGAGAUUUGGAAGAUGGGAAAAGCCAUGGUGUACAAACUCCUUUCAGCCUAACAACAUCUGAGGUUAAAAGUAAUGAAGAUAAGGUUGAGAAAAAUUCCAAACAAGAAGAACCUAAAAUAGAUCUUGUCAUCAACAUUCCACAAAAAACCUCUUUACCUGUCAGAAAAGAAAGUUGGAAUAAUGAUACAGAAAACAAAGACUGUAACUAUGCAAAAGGAAAAUGGGUUCCAGACAACAAACGGCCUUUGUAUUCAGGUUUUCGUUGCAAACAGUGGCUCUCUUCAAUGUGGGCUUGCCGCAUGAUGCAACGUACUGAUUUCACAUACGAGAAUCUUAGAUGGCAACCAAAAGAUUGUCAAAUGGAGGAGUUUGAAGGUUCUAAAUUCUUGAGAAGGAUGCAAAAUAAAACUCUAGCUUUUGUGGGAGACUCAUUAGGCCGGCAGCAGUUCCAGUCUUUAAUGUGCAUGGUAACUGGCGGUAAGGAGACAAAUGAUGUUGAAGAUGUGGGUAAGGAAUAUGGAUUGGUUGUAGCUGAUGGGUCUGCCCGUCCUAAUGGGUGGGCAUACCGUUUUUCAAGCACUAAGACUACCAUUUUGUAUUACUGGUCGGCAAGCUUAUGUGAUGUUGAACCUAUUGAUGUAAAAAACCCAAACACGGAUUAUGCAAUGCACCUUGAUCGGCCCCCAGCAUUCCUGCGUCAGUUUAUACACAAAUUUGAUGUCUUGGUUCUCAACACUGGUCAUCACUGGAAUCGAGGAAAGCUCAAUGGCAAUCGAUGGGUAAUGCAUGUUGGUGGUGUGCCAAAUACUGAUAGGAAGUUAGCCGUGAUUUGGGCUGCCAAGAAUCUUACAAUUCGCAGCGUUGUUAGUUGGGUGGAUACACAGCUUCCAAAAUAUCCAGGUUUGAAGGCAUUCUUUCGUACCCUUUCUCCUAGGCAUUUUUUUGGUGGGGAAUGGAACACAGGAGGCAGCUGUGACAACACUAAACCAAUGUCAGUGGGAAAAGAAUUACUUGAAGAGGAGUCCAGUGAUCAAGUUACUGCAAGUGCAGUGAAGGGAACAAGGGUCAAGCUCUUGGACAUAACAGGUCCUUCUCAGCUUAGGGAUGAAGGUCAUAUAUCGCGGUACAGCUUAACAGCAAAGCCUGGUGUGCAGGAUUGCUUACACUGGUGUUUGCCAGGUGUUCCUGAUACAUGGAAUGAAAUGCUCUUUGCUCAAAUCUAGUUUGCACAUCAUGGUUUUAGGAGAGUAUUUGGUUGGCCUUGAAAGGGUGAAAGCCGUUCCUUGGCUAGGAAAAGAUCACUCACUUUUAAAACCUUAGUUUUGGGGAGGAUGCAGUCAUGGGGUUAAGCUAUACUAUGUCCUGAGUCUAAACUAUCAUGCUGGUUUGGUGAGACAUCGGAAGAUAUAGCAUGCACAGACUAGUUAUAUCGCCCUGCCUUAAAAAUUCCACGCUAGGCAAAAUUUUGAGGUGUUUAAUAUAAAACUUAUUUGAUGUGUAAAUUAGUUACUUUCUGUAUAUGGUCAUUUGUGUGUCCUCAGCAGAGAAGUAAGGUUCAUAGUCAAUGCUGGAGUAGACGAGCGUGGAAGAUUGUUACUGAAGUGAGUUCUUAGCCUUGUUGAGGUUUAAAUCAAUAGGACAAGAUCCCAGUGCUCUCUCUCCUUUUAAAUAUAUUUUCUCUUACGGGGAAGGGGGAUUGGAAAUGAAUAGUGUUCAUAGUCUCAGAUUUUUUUGGGUACAAUGCUCUUUCUUAGUCCCAUAUUUUAUUAUACGUUGUAGAAAAGCCAAAGCAUACCCUGGAUGCAUACAUGUUAUGUUCAAUAUUAUUAUCUUAUACUGUUCAUCAUCGAUAAUAUUAUUAGUGA